GAAAACAUCUGAAACACAACACUGCUCUGGGCACAACCAUGUUGACUUGUUGUGUAUGUAUGGAUGUAUCUAAUUCCAAUGAGGCAAAAUGGGACAGCCCACAGUAUCGACUAUAAAAAGCUAAGGCGUCCAGGACAGGACGCACGAUCAGGGGCGGACAUUCGUUUUGUUCUCCUCCUUCACGGUUUGGUCCGACCGAGAGAGAGAUCGUGUUAUUUCGGGUAGCUACUAUCGGCAUACGGCAGGUGAGUUCACGACAGCUCACACGGAGUUUAUAGACCACGAGCCUGGCAGUGUAUCUAUCUCUAGUUAAAUAUAGCGAGUGUCCUGGUUUCAGCACUGCAGGUCGUUAACAGCUCCAACAACACCAGAGGAGAGCGGAGAUUUGAAGAGCCCCUCCCCGCCCAAGUAACAACCAGAGCGGGUAGAGUCCAAGCGCAGCCCUGUUGUCAGUUUCAGCACCACCAGCAAGGAAGAGCAGAGCUGUCCAAACAUCCAGCAGUUUGUGACCGCUAUCGUCGGUUGGAUCAUCCACACAACACAACACCCCCAAGACAGCUAUAACCGGGAGUAAUCUAGCGGAAAAUAGCCUACAGCCACCGAUUGAGUGGAUGUUUUAUUUCAGAAUGGCGUCCAAAGGAAUGGGAGUUCUCCUUCUGCUCGGGAUUUUUGCUGUGACUGUCUCCCAGAUGUCUGCUUUUCCCACACCUGCCGAGGAUGAUAAAGCUGUAGUUUACAACAGACGACUGACUGAGGAGAGACCAAUCCAGGAGCAGAUUGCAGAGGCAGAUGAUGUGAAAGCAGCAGUGGAGUCUGCAGACACCAAACCUGCUGUGGGGCCUAAAGAGGAGAAAGAGGCAGAACCAGAACAAGAGAACGAUGACUUCACUCUGCUCAAGUCCCUGGCCGAAGGUCAAAGGUCAAAAGAGACCAAUGAGACGCCGGUCAGAGAGAGCCUGGAGAAGGAGCCUUACUUUCCAGACGAAUCAGAUUCCACCAAGAACCGCCGGCUAGUCGAAGACUAUGACUCAACAAAGAUGGAAAACGUCAAGUACCAAGGUAUCUAG